UGAGAGAAGGGGGAAGGGUUACGGCGCUGCACCCUCAGCCUCACCCGGAAGCUGCUCCUGGAAGCUGUGUUUUGAAGCCUCCAGCCUGCACCCACGUGUCUAUCACGGUGCUGCCGGGCAUCCUCACAGUCGGAGCAUGGCAGCCGAGCAGGGAAGCCGGGGGAGCGUUCUAUUCACCGGGUACCGGUCCCUGGGCUUGUACAGUAACCACAUACCUCACGUAGUGCGGUAUCACAAGAAGCACAAGGAGUUUUAUCUGGUCACGGCCGUGGGGAAGAGUUUCCUCACUUACAAUGUGAACAAGCUUGGUCAAGUAGCUGUCAGCAAUGCUCUUCCAGAAAGUAUUAAUUGUCUUGCUGCAGACCGAAUGCUGGUGUUUGCGGCUCAUGGAAAUCUCCUUAAAGCAUUUGCAAGAAAUAAAGAGGUAAUUCAGACAUACAGAGGACAUGAGGCUGAAAUUCAUCUGGUGCUGCCGUUUGGGGAUCAUGUAAUAUCUGUGGAUACCAAUAAUAUUGUCAUUGUUUGGGACGUCCAAUCAGAAGAGGAAUAUUUGCAGUUGACCUUUGACAAAAUGAAUUUUACCAUCUCUGCAUUAAUGCAUCCAAGCACCUACCUGAAUAAAGUUUUCUUGGGAAGCCAGCAAGGGACGCUUCAGUUGUGGAAUGUUAAAUCCAACAAACUUUUAUUUACAUUCUCUGGAUGGGGCUCCGGUGUGACUGUUCUUCAGCAGGCACCAGCAGUAGAUGUCGUGGCAAUUGGGUUGACUUCAGGCAAAAUUGUUAUACAUAACAUUAAGUUUGAUGAAACAUUAAUGACAUUUCAACAAGACUGGGGCCCUAUCACUGCAAUAUCCUUCCGCACUGAUGGACAUCCAAUAAUGGCUGCUGGAAGCCCCAUCGGUCACAUAGGACUGUGGGAUCUGGAAGAAAAAAAACUGAUGAGUCAGAUGAGGGAGGCUCACACCACUGCUAUUGCUGGGCUGACAUUUGUACACGCAGAACCUCUUCUUAUCACAAACGGUGCUGAUAAUGCUAUACGGGUAUGGAUCUUUGAUGGCCCUGGAGGUCAAGGUCGUUUGCUGAGAUUCCGUAUGGGUCACAGUGCUCCACCCACUUUUAUUCGACACCACGGACACAAUGGGCAGCAGAUUCUCAGUGCAGGUCAAGACGGGACCAUGCAAUCAUUUUCCACAGUUCAUGACCGAUACAGUAAAAGCCUCGGGCAUGGUUCUAUAGAUAAAGCCAAAGCUAAAAAGGUGGGCCUCCGCUGCACGUCCCUAAGACUUCCUCCUGUUGUAUCAUUUGCCUCUGAGGCAGCACGACAAAGUGAUUGGGAUGGGAUCAUUGCAUGUCACCAACGCUGGUUAACAUGUACAACCUGGAAUUAUGUAAGAUCUACUAUAGGAGCUCACAAACUAAGACCUCUGGAUUUCAAGCAAAACAAAAUCCAUGACACGUAUGCAACAGUGGUAGAAAUUACAAGCUGUGGCAAUUUUGCUUUGAUUGGCCUGUCAAGUGGCAAUGUGGAAGUGUUUAACAUGCAGUCUGGAAUGCACAGAGGUCAAUAUGGGAAAGAUAAAGCCCAUGAUGGCUCUAUAAGAGGAGUAGUCGUUGAUGGUUUAAAUCAGAUGACCAUCACAGCUGGCAGUGACCGAUUGAUCAAAUUUUGGAAGUUUAAGUCAAAAGAGUUAAUUCAAAUUACAAGCAUUAAUGUUUCACCAUCUGCUAUUUUACUCCAUAGGGAAAGUGGUAUGUUGGCAGUAGCACUGGAUGACUUCAGCACUAACAUUUUUGAUAUUGAAACUCGGAAACUUGUGAGACGGUUCCCAGGGCACAAUGGAAAGAUAAAUGACAUGACUUACAGCCCUGACGGACGGUGGCUGUUGACUGCAUCUAUGGAUUGUACUGUUAAAGUAUGGGAUUUACCAUCUGGAUGCCUCAUAGAUUGCUUUCUGUUAGAUUCUGCUGCUGGGAGCCUCACUAUGUCCCCUACAGGAGAUUUCCUGGCCACCGCUCAUGUGGAUGAUCUUGGUAUUUACUUAUGGUCAAAUAAAUCUCUCUUUUCACUGAUUUCUUUACGCCCACUUCCGUCAAAUUAUGAGCCUACUGUGGUAAUGCUUCCCGGUGCAACUGAAGAGAUUGAGGACAAUAUAGAAGAAGUAAGAGAAGACUCCAGUGAGGACAUGAUUGAAUAUGAGUCACCAGACCAACUGGAAGAACAGCUGGUGACCUUAUCACUCUUACCCGAGUCAAGGUGGAAGAAUCUCCUGAACCUUGAUGUCAUUAAGAGAAGAAACAAACCAAAAGAGCCACCAAAACUACCAAAGGCUGCUCCAUUUUUUAUACCGACUCUGCCUGGACUAGUUCCACGUUUUAAUUCAAAAGUACAGGAUGAUGAACCUCAAUCUAAAAUUGUGAAUCUUGGAGUUCUUGAACAGAAAUCUGUUUUUUGUAUCCUCCUGGAAGAAGCCCUUGAUCAUAAGAACUAUGACAUUCCUCUAAAAACAAUAAAAGAGAUGGGACCGUCCAGCAUAGAUACAGAGUUACGGAACCUGGCUCCUGAAGGUGGUGGUUCUGUAGAAGUGAUGCAGAGUUUCUUAAAAAUGAUUGGGAGAAUGUUGGACACAAAACGUGAUUUUGAGCUUGCCCAAGCUUACCUUGCUUUGUUCCUAAAGAUCCAUCUGAGGUUUAUCUCAUCACAGUCAACGCUACUAGAGGAGAUUUCCAGGUUAUCAACCCUUCUGGAGCAGACCUGGUUGCACAUGCAGACCCUGUUUAACCAGAGCUUGUGCGUGCUAAACUACAUGAAAAGUGCUUUACUGUGAAACCAUUAUCCUGUCACUAUCCUAUCUACACGCGUUUUGGACAUUAACAGUCAUUUGUAGAAAGGCAAAGACUUUAAUGAAUGGUUACUAAGUAUUUGCUGGUGUUCCAAUGGUAAUUUCCCAAAUAUGUUGUGACUAAUCAUAAAUAUGGCUAAAUGCAUAUUGUAACAGGAAUUUAUAAACUACAGUACGUGUAUAUAUCAGUGUAUUGGUUAUAUGUCCCGUAUCCCCGUUGUGAGAUGACAAUCGAUCAUUUAUUACAAAUACAUUUGUACAUUUAUUGCAUCAGA